GAGCGCGACGGAACGGUCUCACGCCUCGCCCAAGCUUUCUUUGGAUGUUAAACUGUAUUUUUCAUAAACAGCAAGAAAAGACAUUUAAGGUUUAACAAUAAGAGUUUGGAGAUGUUGUGGUGGUCUUUGAGUUGGACCUGGCUUCUCCUUGGUUUUUUGACACACUCCCCUUUUCAAGAUGUCUUCGGAGACCAGGACGACUGGACCGAUGACGACUGGGGGUCAGGCGAGUCCCCCUUGUACAGCUUCCUUGCCGACGGCUCCUCGGAAACAAUGGCGAGGACCCCGGUGAACUGCACGCAGCGCUUCCUGUUGCCCUCGCCCCAAAUCUGUCAGGAGAACGAGGCCCAGCCAGAAGAGCUGGCCCGAUCCCGUCUACUGGCGCUGCAGAAUCGGGCCGCCCUGGAGGCCGUGACCUCUUCCUGCGGCGUGGAUGAAGGCGGCCUCUCCUACCAGCUGCAGGCCAGUGAAGAGGUGCGAGGGGUAGUCUCAGAUCACCGCAGCGUGGCCGAGUCCUUAGACGCCAUGGAGAUGGUGUUUGUCUCCCUGGAGGAGAAGAGAAAAGGCGGGAAGGACAGGGGAGUCCUCGCAAGUAUUAAAGAGCAUCUGGCCCAAACGAAGGCGUCGGCGUUGGCCCGUGGUCACCUGGCAUCCUCCCUGGAGAAGAGCUUUUCCGACCUGGAGGAGAAUCUGCUCCACAUGCAGCUCAGACUCCACCAACUCAGCCGCCAGUGAACAUCACAACAUCCUGAUUGUUAUUAAACAGAGGAAAUCUAUACAAGAAUAGUAAUUUUUCCCCCCAAAAAAAGUCCAAUAAAUUCGCAAACGUAAUAUGAAAUGAUUCAGAUUUAAUAAACAAAAAAAUAUACAAUAAGUACAGCUUUUCGAGUACUUACUA